AUGUUUAGAACUUUAAGAAAUGGAGGUAAAUUGCAGCAGGCAAUAAGGAUGCAGCAGGUUUAUUCAACCACAAUUAGACAUGAAUCUCAAAAACAAGAAAAAACUAUAAAUCAGGUGACUCUACUGGGGAGAGCUGGUGCUGAUCCACAGAAGCGUGGUUCACAGGAACACCCUGUCAUAAACUUUCCACUAGCUACACAUUAUAGUUAUAAGUAUGAAUCUGGUGACAUUCUGCAAAGAACUGACUGGCACAGAAUCAGCAUUUUUAAACCUGGUCUUCGAGACACUGUUUAUAAAUAUUUAAAGAAAGGCCAUAGAGUUUAUAUUACUGGUAAAUUAUCAUAUGGGGAAGUAAAAAUGGAUGAUGGUCAAGUUAGAACUGCAUCUACAAUCAUUGCAGAUGAUGUUAUAUUUUUCCAAAAUGCACCACCAGAGCAGUGA